AAGUGUCUUGCUUGUGAUUUUUUGUGCAGAUAUUCAAUGGAAGAUACUGGUGCUGUCAGUUGUAUUGCAUGGACACCUGAUAAUUCUGCUUUUGCAGUUGGGUGGAAGCUAAGAGGACUUACAGUUUGGUCCGUCUCUGGGUGUCGUUUGAUGUCUACCAUUCGUCAAAUUGGUUUAAGUUCUGUAUCUUCUCCAGUGGUUAAGACAAAUCAGGAUUGCAAAUAUGAACCUAUGAUGGGUGGCACCUCACUGAUGCACUGGGAUGAAUAUGGAUAUAGACUUUAUGCUGUUGAGGAACGUUCUUCGGAGAGAAUCAUUGCAUUUUCUUUUGGCAAAUGUUGCCUGAACAGAGGAGUUUCAGGCACUACGUAUACCCGUCAAGUUAUCUAUGGUGAAGAUCGACUGCUCAUUGUGCAGUCUGAAGACACUGAUGAGCUUAAGAUUUUGCACCUUCACCUUCCAGUUUCUUAUUUAUCCCAAAAUUGGCCAGUUAUGCAUGUGGCAGCUAGCAAGGAUGGGAUGUACUUGGCUGUUGCUGGUCUUCAUGGCUUAAUCUUGUAUGAUAUACGAUUGAAAAAGUGGCGAGUAUUUGGUGAUAUUACCCAGGAACAAAAGAUUCAGUGCACAGGCUUGUCAUGGCUGGGGAACAUUGUUGUUGUCUGCAAUUACAUUGAUUCUUCUAACACUUACGAGUUGCUUUUCUACCCUCGAUAUCACCUCGACCAGAGCUCUUUACUUUGUAGGAAACCAUUGCUUGCGAAGCCAAUGGUGAUGGAUGUUUAUCAAGAUUAUCUACUUGUUACUUAUCGCCCGUUUGAUGUCCAUAUAUUCCAUGUGAAAUUAUCUGGUGAACUGACACCUUCUAGUUCUCUGGAUUUGCAGCUUUCUACAGUACGAGAGCUCUCAAUCAUGACUGCAAAGAGCCAUCCUACUGCAAUGCGUUUUGUCCUUGAUCAGCUUUCAAGGGAGCACGUCUCCAAAAAUCAAAUCUCAACUCCGUCUGAUUUGUUAGGCAAAGAACCUGUGAGAUGUUUGAUAUUGAGGGCCAAUGGGGAACUUUCACUUCUCGAUUUGGAUGAUGGGAGGGAAAGAGAGCUGACUGACUCUGUUGAAUUGUUUUGGGUUACCUGUGGUCAAUCAGAGGAGAAAACAAACUUGAUUGAAGAGGUUUCAUGGUUAGAUUAUGGCCACCGAGGGAUGCAGUUGUGGGUCUACGCCUAUUUUUCGAGACUCACCCCAGUGCCAGACGUGGAGACCCCUCUCGUCGUUCUGUUUUCGCGCCGCUUUGACGUGAGAGGAGACUGCACAGGGCAGUUACUCGGGGGUUACUGGCGAGCUUGGGAGGCCUCUUCUGAGUACACUCGCCAAUCCCUAGAGCUGACCGCCUCCGUGAUGGGGAUGCUCCAGCAGAGCCUCGACCUUCUGGCGAUUUAUAGCAUUCUGACUGUAAAACAUACCGGUGGCGAGGCAGGGUCACUGAUGUGUCGGUGA